UUUCACUAAAAGAAAAAAAAGAAAAGAAAAAGAAGAAGAAGAAAUUAGUGUUUUCGAGACGUUAGGCCGUCUUCUCUCUCUUCUUUAUAAAACCACACCCUUUCUCCUUCUCAGCCAUUCACUCACUAUCCAUCGCAUAACUUUAACGUCUUCUAGAAAGAGAGGGAAAAGAGAAAAAAUGGAAGGGAAAGAAGAGGAUGUGAGAGUGGGAGCGAACAAGUUCCCAGAGAGGCAGCCCAUCGGGACAUCGGCUCAGACGGACAAGGACUACAAGGAGCCACCACCAGCGCCGCUGUUCGAGCCAGGGGAGCUGAGCUCGUGGUCGUUCUGGAGAGCCGGAAUAGCAGAGUUCAUAGCUACCUUCCUCUUCCUUUACAUAACGGUGCUGACGGUGAUGGGAGUGAAGAGAGCACCAAACAUGUGUGCCUCCGUUGGAAUCCAAGGCAUUGCUUGGGCUUUCGGUGGCAUGAUCUUUGCCCUCGUCUACUGCACUGCCGGCAUCUCUGGUGGACACAUAAACCCAGCGGUGACUUUCGGUCUGUUCUUAGCUCGGAAACUUUCACUGACCAGAGCUGUCCUCUACAUCGUCAUGCAAUGCCUCGGUGCCGUCUGCGGCGCCGGUGUUGUCAAAGGCUUCCAGCCUACUCCCUACCAAACCCUCGGCGGCGGAGCCAACACCGUCGCUCCCGGCUACUCCAAAGGAUCCGGCCUCGGAGCGGAGAUCAUCGGAACCUUCGUCCUUGUCUACACCGUCUUCUCCGCCACCGACGCCAAGAGAAGCGCGCGUGACUCCCACGUUCCGAUUUUGGCUCCACUCCCGAUCGGAUUCGCUGUGUUUUUGGUUCACUUGGCGACGAUUCCGAUCACCGGGACCGGUAUUAACCCAGCUCGGAGUCUAGGAGCUGCAAUCAUCUAUAACAAGGACCACUCUUGGGAUGACCACUGGAUAUUCUGGGUGGGACCAUUCAUCGGAGCAGCUCUUGCGGCUCUCUACCACCAGCUUGUCAUCCGAGCCAUUCCUUUCAAGACCAGAUCCUGAGAUUUCCUUUGUUUCUUUUAAGAUUACUCUUGUCGCUUUAUCUUCUUUUUUUUGGUUUUGUUUCCCAGAGCCUGAAAAUAUUUGUGAUUUGGUGAUCUCUGUUUGUUUCAUCGAUUUGUUUUGCUUCUCUAUUUUAUUUAGCUGUGGAUUGGAUUAUCUGCUUUAAAUUAAUUGUUCAUGCAACUCUUCUGAUAUAUGCUU